UGGGCGGCUGCCGGCAGCGCCAUGGAGACGGUGCAGCUCAGGAACCCGCCGCGCCGGCAGCUGAAAAAAUUGGAUGAAGAUAGUUUAACUAAACAACCAGAAGAAGUGUUUGAUGUCUUAGAGAAACUCGGAGAAGGUAUGAAGAAACAGGUGUGUUUGGGAAAUAUGAACGACAAUUUACUCAUUAUUUCGCUGAUAGCCAUCCAGGAUUUCAGGAAAAAUACAGUCUAUGCAAGAUGAUGAUGAUAUCUCAUUCAGCCGUCACAAUUGUCUUAUAAAGUAGUAUUGUCAUUUUACAGGUCCUAUGGCAGUGUGUACAAAGCUAUUCAUAAAGAGACCGGUCAGAUUGUUGCUAUUAAGCAAGUUCCCGUGGAGUCAGACCUGCAGGAGAUAAUCAAAGAAAUCUCUAUAAUGCAGCAAUGUGACAGCCCUCACGUAGUCAAAUAUUAUGGCAGCUAUUUUAAGAACACAGACUUGUGGAUCGUGAUGGAGUACUGUGGGGCUGGUUCUGUGUCUGAUAUCAUUCGAUUGAGAAAUAAAACGUUAACAGAAGAUGAAAUAGCUACAAUAUUACAGUCAACACUUAAGGGACUGGAAUACCUUCAUUUUAUGAGAAAAAUACACCGAGAUAUCAAGGCAGGAAAUAUUUUGCUAAAUACAGAAGGACAUGCAAAACUUGCAGAUUUUGGGGUAGCAGGUCAACUUACAGAUACCAUGGCCAAGCGAAAUACAGUGAUAGGAACACCCUUUUGGAUGGCUCCAGAAGUGAUCCAAGAAAUUGGGUACAAUUGUGUGGCAGACAUCUGGUCGCUGGGAAUAACGGCCAUAGAGAUGGCUGAAGGAAAGCCUCCGUAUGCUGAUAUCCAUCCAAUGAGGGCAAUCUUCAUGAUUCCUACCAACCCACCUCCCACAUUCCGAAAGCCAGAACUGUGGUCAGAUAGCUUCAUGGAUUUUGUGAAGCAGUGUCUUGUAAAAAGCCCUGAUCAGAGAGCCACGGCCACUCAACUCCUACAGCACCCGUUUGUCAAGAGCGCCAAAGGAGUGUCCAUUCUGCGGGACUUAAUUAACGAAGCCAUGGACGUGAAGCUGAAACGCCAGGAAGCCCAGCAGCGGGAGGUGGACCAGGAGGAUGAAGAGAACUCAGAGGAGGAUGAAAUGGAUUCUGGCACGAUGGUCCGGGCAGCAGGGGACGAGAUGGGCACCGUCCGAGUAGCCAGCACCAUGAGUGACGGGGCCAACACCAUGAUCGAGCACGAUGACAACGACACGUUGCCAUCCCAGCUGGGCACCAUGGUGAUCAACGCAGGGGAGGAGGAGGAAGAGGAAGGCACUAUGAAAAGAAGGGAUGAGACCAUGCAGCCUGCAAGACCAUCUUUCCUUGAAUACUUUGAACAAAAAGAAAAGGAGAAUAUCAACAGCUUUGGCAAGAGUGUCCCUGGCCCACUGCAGAACUCUUCAGAUUGGAAAGUUCCACAGGAUGGAGACUACGAGUUCCUGAAGAGUUGGACAGUGGAGGACCUUCAGAAGAGGCUCUUGGCCCUGGACCCCAUGAUGGAGCAGGAGAUUGAAGAGAUCCGGCAGAAGUACCAGUCGAAGCGGCAGCCCAUCCUGGAUGCCAUUGAGGCCAAGAAGCGGAGGCAGCAAAACUUCUGAGGGAGGCCCAGCCGGGGGGGCCCCCCUCGGCCCCAGGCUGGUGGUGAACUCUGGCUUGCUCGCCCCUGCAGCUCGCCUCCAUCACCUCUCCAGAGCCCCUCUGUGAACUCAGGAACAUGCGCCAGUGGCCAGGGCUGCCGUGCCGGUCAGCGGGCCGCCCUGCUGUGUGUAUUUAAACUGGGCAGGUAUAUCAUUUCACAGGAUUCAUGUGGGCACUUUGAAACUCAGAGUUUUCAACCCCAGAAACAGAGACUCCUAGCUGAGUGAGAGCUGGGAAUGUGUCCCAUUGUCUUUUGUUUUUCUUCUCCCAGUAGCUUUCAGUGGUUCUUUCUGGAAGACUUUUUAAAAAUAUAUAAAUAUGCAUAUAUAUAUAAAUUAUAACUAGAUACCCCACGUGGUGUGGUGGCAUCUCUGUACAGGUACAGUUUUAAACAGUUGCCUCUUUUAUGUAAGAUUAUGGUACUGUGGGACACAAGGGCAGAGGACACCAGGAGGCUGCUGGGGGCACUCCACCCCCUGGAGCCAACCCCACCCUUUUGCAGGGCUGCGUCGACAGAUGAGGUUGGGGCCAAUGCCUUCACCACGCUUUCAGCCUUGUGCAGGCCAUCCCUGGCUUCUGGAGCUAUUGGGGAUGUCUAAGGGAAAGCCUUGAGCGUUUGUGUUUACUUUCUGGGUCCCAGGAGAAGCCUGGUGCCCUCCUUGCAAGAUUGGCCUUUGCGGUUUCAACGCCUUUCAUCCAUCUCCACUCUCCCAACUGCCUAGAAGUCACAGCACAGACACUGCCCAGUGCCUUAAGAGGAGAUGCGAUCCAGCGAGGGGACAGGCCUGCCAGGAACACCUAGCAAAGUGGGGCUGUGUUUAGUCCGCAAAAGGGAAAAGGUUUUCCAAGUUCUCGUUGUCCAUGUGAAGAUUACACAUAUGGCAAUUUGCUCCACAUUCCUUACAGACAGGGGUAGAGGGCAUUGCUUUGGAGAUCCACAUUCAAACAUGUGACUGUUUUCUUUUUCAUUUUACUGCUAUGGGCUCUGGAAAGGGUAAAUGAAUAGCAGACUAAGAUUUGUUCUCCAGGAGACUCAACCCAGACUCAUAGAAUGCCAGAGCUGGAAGGGACCAUAGACACCAUCUGGUCUGACAGAGGCUUAGAGACGAGAAGUGACAUGGCCCAAAUCACAAAGCAAAUUAAAGAAAGGGCUGGGAUUGGACCUUGCGGCUCCUCACUCCUGCUUCACUGAACUGAGCAGCCCCUUCUCAGAGGGAAGACACUUGUGUCAGUUUUGGUGAAGUUGUUUCAGGGAAUCCUGCUAAUGGAAACUUGGUCUUGCGUUGUCACUUCAGUAGAUGACUAGCUGUGAAAAGUUCCCCAAGGGGAGCCAGAGCGUUCAGUUUCAGCCAUUCCGUGAGCUCCGAGGCAUCUCCCAGUUAGCAGACAAGCAUCACGCAGGCAGAUGUAGGGCCUAAAGCAGAUCAGAGGGCUUUGCAGCAGACAGCACCGAGCCAUCCCUCUGCAGUGUUGGCUCAAGGCCACAUGUCACUUAGUCACACAGCCAAGAGCAGACAGUUGGGAAAGGCAACUGUCUUUUUAUUUUCUAGUACCUCUUCCCCUCGGAUAGGGGAGCUAUGACUGGGUUGCACCUAAGGAUACUGUAAUUUGAUUCCGUAAUUGCUUUUACUGCCCCAUCCUGGGAAUCAGUGGAGAGUCAGGCAGUGUUCCUCUUCUGUGGCUGGAUUCUCUUCUUUGCAAUUACAGCAAGUUUUUUAAAAUGCAAGAGGCUGUUUUUGGUCUGCAAGGCUUGGCCAAUUAAGCAGCUUUGGGGCAGAUACAGAGAACAGAGGACAACUUGAGGAUCUGCUGCAAUAAUAAAUGGCAGCUGGCAAUCAUGACCACUUAUUAUAUGCCAGGCACUGAGCUAAGUAGGCAGCCUCUUUUUUUUUUUUUUUACCUUUUAUUUUUUUAUUUUUUACAAUUAACUGCAUAUAUUUAGAGUGUACAAUUUGGUAUCCCAAUUUCCCAAUUCAUUCCCCCCCCCCCCCAGCCCUCCUUGCUUUUCCCAUUUGAUGUCCAUAUGUUUGUUCUCUACAUCUCUGUCUAUAUUUCUGCCUUGCAAAUCAGUUGAUUUGGGGGGCUACUCGUCAUUGCAGUGCAUGGACUUCUCAUUGCAAUGGCUUCUCUUGCUGCAGGGCACGGGCUCUAGGCGCAUGGGCUUCAGUAGUUGUGGCACUCGGGCUCAGUAGUUGUGGCUCUUGGGCUCUAGAGAGCAGGCUCAAUAGUUGUGGCACACGGGCUUAGUAGCUCCGCAGCAUGUGGGAUCUUCCUGGACCAGGGCUCAAACCCAUGUUCCUUGCAUUGGCAGGCAGAUUCUUAACCACUGUGCCACCAGGGAAGCCCUGGAAACUUUAAAUGCAGAUUCCUAGGGCUCGUGGCCACUCUAGAACCCAGAUGAUUCCUGGAACCUUUGAGGCCAGUGGAUCUGCCCGCAGCCCUGGAAGCUCUCUGGUGGGAUGACAAGGCAGAGAAGGGGGAUUUGGGUAGGCAGGCUCUUUAUGUCAGUUCCAAACUUCCCAAUAACUCUGUGAAUUAAGGACUUUAUCUCCAUUUCAUAGAUGAAGAAACAGGUUUAGAGAGAAAAAAGUUCUUUCCCAAGGUGGUACAGCUAGUAAGUGGUAGAAUCAGGAUUCAUAGGCAUCACCGUGUGGGACCAGUAUUUACAGGGAAAAGGAAAGUCACAAGUCAUCUUUUUUUUUUAUUCAAGUAUAGUUGAUUUACAAUGUUCUGUUAAUUUCUGCUGUACAGCAAAGUGAUUCACUUAUACAUAUACAUCUGUUCUUUUUCAUCCUCUUUUCCAUUAUGGUUUAUCGCAGGAUAUUGAAUAUAGUAGUACCUUGUUUAUCCAACAAGUCUUCUUAAAAAUGAAAUGACCACUUUUCUCGCACAGACUGAAAAACUUUAGCUGGUAUUCUUAGGUUGGGAAAGCACUGAAUUAGUAGUCAAGUCUAACAGUCAAGUGAGUUUUAAAAACCAAAGUAUAGAGCAUGAAUUUCCCUACACCAUCUGCUGUGCUAAUUAAUAGUCCUGCCUCUGUCUCCUUUCUCUCUCUCUCUCUUUUUUUUUUUUUGAAAGGAUUUUGCACUUGGCCAGACAGGAGAGGAAUGCCCAUUUUCUCCCUUCCUAAGCUAGAGCCAAGUAAAAGAAGAUUCGUUUUUUUUCCCCAUAAAUAUUCUUGGGUGAUGAAUCUUGAUCGGAGGUUUAUUUUGUUUCAAGCAUGUGUGCAUCCAGCAUGCUGGUCCAACAAAGUACAUUGCUCUCCAGUCUAGCUAGACAGAGCCCUUUGGCCAAAAGUCAAUUUAUUUUGGAUGAGAUAGAUUUCCUGACAAGGUGUGUUUGUUUUCCUGUGACAGGAAGGCAGAGAAGCAAAUCCUAGUCAUUUUUUUCCUUGAAUACUAAAUUCAAGAUAGGUCAGCUAGCUUCUGUUGAGCCCUGAGUGUCAGUCAUUGCUUGAGCGUUUGUGUUUAAGGUUCCAGGGGACUCUGGGCCUCUCACUUGUUCUCUCCUAAGAAACAAUGACCCAGACCUAACUGUGUCUUUUAAAAAUCUCAGAUUCUCCAGGGGUAUCUUUUUUGCUUCCUUAUCAGUAAUUUUGAAGCAAAUUUCUAUUUUUCUUUUUCCUUGUCCCUUCUCUCAACCACCAAUUGGAUGGACAGAUGGAUUGGUGGAUGAAUGUUUGGCUUGAUGGAUGGAUGGAUGGAUAAAUAGAUAGAUAGAUGGACACACAGACAGACCCUGUACUCUGAAGCAACUUAAGAACUAUAGCCUUGACUCCUUGAGACUAUAGAUUCUGAUCCAGGAAAAAUUCAUUUAGCACUUGCUGCCAGAAAUGUAUUAUACUGUUUAAAAUUCAGUCGUGCUUACCAAUAUCAGGAAUGAGAGAGGUGACAUCCUUACAGAUCCUACAGAUAUUAAAAGGCAGUUUUAAUGAACAACUUUAUGCUAAUAAAUUCAGUGACUCAAAUAAAAUGGACAAAUUUCUUGAAAGAUAUAAAAUACCAUAGCUCACUCAAGAAGAAGUAGAUAAUCUGAAUAGCCCUUUAUCUGUGAAAAUGUAAUGGCUCUGGGAGAUAUAGAUAUUAUUGUCCUCAUUUUACACAUAAGGAAACUGAGGCUCAGAGAGGUAAAGUCUGUUGCUCAAGGUCAUGUAGCUAGAAUACGGCAGAGCCAGAAUUGAAAUCCAGGUCUUCUGAUCCUUAUUCCAGUGCCCUAUCUAGCAUACCAUGUUGCCUCUAAAGAUUGCAGCUCCUUUUUUACUGGAAAAUCGUUCCUGCCCAGUCCACAUCCUCUCACCCCAUCCUUUCUUAAGCACUAUGUCUGUUUUUUCAUCAGGAUUAUAGUCAUUGUAUUUGGAACCUAUGUUCUUUUUGUGUUUGAAAAAAAAAAUCUCUUCCACCAGCUUGCACUCAGACCAACUUGGGCAAAAAAAAAAAAAAGCUUAAAUGCUGUUGCAGACGUACAACUUAAAAAUGUGAAGUUUGUAGCUUUAACUUUUUUGUAACAAAAACUAAUAACACUGGCUUAAGUGCUGACUUGAAAUGCUAUUUUAUGAAGUUUGGGUGUAAAUAAUCAGUCGAGGUCAGCAGUUUGUAUAUGUAUGAGACAUAGCUUCCUCCAUUGCCUUUUUUAAAAAAAAAUUGAGUUGCUUCCUAUGUGCUUUUAUGUUAGAAUUGUUGUUCUCCCUCCUUCCUCCUCCCUCUACCUUGUCACCUUUGUUUUAAAUAAACUGUCAUUUG